AGAAGCUGCCGAGCCGCCGGAGCUAGCUGCACGAGGGGAAGGACCUUGGAGGGCUGGGGGGGUGUCCUCCGCUCCCCACUCGGCAGGAACGAUGCGGGAUCGGCUGGGCGCCCGGCGCUGACAACCCGCCGCCCCCGCCCGCUGUCUCUGCCGCCCAAAGCGGAGGGAAGGAAAGACAGAGGGAGCAGCUUAAAGUGCGCCAUAGCCGGGAGAACGCCGCUGACAGCGGCAGCAAGAGCAGAGGCAGCCGCCCCCUCUCCGUCGGAAACUGUUGAGCCCUCUGGAGAAGCGGCUUCACCGGCCUGGCCAUGUGGACCCCCACCGAGGAGGAGAAAUACGGCGUAGUUAUAUGCAGCUUUCGUGCAACUGUUCCACAAGGUUUGAUCCUGGAAAUAGGAGAAACUGUCCAGAUCCUGGAAAAAUGUGAAGGAUGGUAUAGAGGAGUUUCGACAAAGAAGCCCAACGUAAAGGGGAUCUUUCCUGCAAACUACAUUCAUUUGAAAAAGGCAAUCGUCAGUAAUAGGGGGCAGUAUGAAACUAUAGUUCCACUUGAAGAUUCCAUUGUGACUGAGGUCACAUCAACUUUACAAGAAUGGGCUACCCUGUGGAAGCAACUUUAUGUGAAACACAAGGUAGAUCUUUUCUACAAAUUGCGCCAUGUGAUGAAUGAACUUAUUGACCUGCGGAGGCAACUACUCUCAGGUCACCUGACUCAGGAUCAGGUGAGAGAAGUCAAGAGACACAUCACAGUGCGCCUGGACUGGGGUAAUGAGCACUUGGGUCUGGACCUAGUUCCUCGAAAGGAUUUUGAAGUGGUGGAUUCAGAUCAGAUUAGCGUCUCAGAUCUCUAUAAAAUGCAUUUAUCCAGCAGACACAGUGUACAGCAGAGCACAUCACAGGUGGAUACGAUGCGUCCGCGUCAUGGGGAAGCUUGCCGGAUGCCAGUUCCACACCAUUUUUUCCUCAGUCUAAAGAGUUUCACCUAUAAUACCAUUGGGGAAGAUACAGAUGUCUUCUUUUCCUUGUAUGACAUGCGAGAGAGCAAGCAGAUCAGUGAGCGGUUUCUAGUAAGACUCAACAAGAAUGGAGCGCCCAGGAACCCAGAGAAGAUUGAACGGAUGUGUGCUCUUUUUACAGACCUAAGCAGCAAAGAUAUGAAGAGAGAUUUAUAUAUAGUUGCCCAUGUGAUCCGAAUAGGUCGCAUGUUGCUAAAUGAUUCCAAGAAGGGCCCUGCCCACUUGCACUACCGUCGCCCUUACGGCUGUGCAGUAUUAAGCAUUGUGGAUGUUCUUCAGUCACUCUCCGAAUUGAAGGAAGAUAAAGAUUUUGUUCUCAAAGUUUACACGUGCAACAAUGAAAAUGAGUGGUAUCAGGUUCAUGAGAAUAUCAUCCGCAAGUCCAGUACCAAGUACACAGCACCCAGCUCCAACUAUGGUCUGAUCAUUUCUCUGCAGCUGCUUCGUGGGGACAUGGAACAGAUUCGAAGGGAAAACCCAAUGAUCUUUAACAGGGGAGUCUCAGUAACCCGAAAAUUGGGGUUCCCAGAUGUCAUCAUGCCAGGUGAUAUCCGCAAUGACCUCUACCUAACACUUGAGAAGGGGGAUUUUGAGAGAGGUGGAAAGAGUGUGCAAAAGAAUAUCGAAGUGACCAUGUAUGUUCUCUAUGCGGAUGGAGAGAUCUUAAAGGAUUGCAUCAGUCUAGGUUCAGGAGAGCCAAGCAGGAGUUCUUACCACUCUUUUGUCCUCUACCACAGUAAUAGUCCUCGCUGGGGAGAAAUCAUCAAAUUACCCAUCCCCAUAGACAGGUUCCGUGGAUCUCACCUCCGCUUUGAAUUCAGGCAUUGCUCUACAAAGGACAAAGGGGAGAAGAAACUCUUUGGCUUUGCAUUUACUCCACUGAUGAGGGAUGAUGGCACUACCCUAUCAGAUGAUAUCCAUGAACUCUAUGUGUAUAAGUGUGAUGAGAACAGCACAUUCAAUAACCAUGCACUGUACUUAGGCCUGCCCUGCUGCAAAGAAGACUACAAUGGCUGUCCUAAUAUCCCUUCCAGUCUCAUCUUCCAGCGCAGCAUCAAAGAGACGUUCUCUAUCUCCACCCAACUCUCCUCCACCAAACUCACCCAGAAUGUGGACCUUCUUGCUCUCCUGAAAUGGAAGGCUUAUCCAGACCGGAUAAUGGACAUUUUAGGGCGGCUGCGGUAUGUCAGUGGAGAGGAGAUUGUUAAGUUCCUGCAAGACAUCUUGGACACACUCUUUGUGAUUUUAGAUGACAACACGGAAAAGUAUGGCCUGCUGGUUUUUCAGUCUCUGGUGUUCAUAAUCAAUCUGCUCCGUGACAGCAAGUAUUUCCAUUUCCGGCCCGUGAUGGAUACAUACAUUCAGAAGCAUUUUGCUGGAGCACUGGCUUACAAAGAACUGAUCCGCUGUUUGAAGUGGUACAUGGACAGGUCAGCUGAACUGGUGCGGCAGGACCAUAUCCAGGAGGCUAUGCGGGCUUUGGAAUACCUUUUCAAGUUCAUUGUCCAGUCUCGGAUCCUUUACUCGAGAGCUACCUGUGGGAUGGAGGAGGAUAUAUUCCGAGCCAACAUCCAAGAACUUUUCCAGUCUAUCAGAUUUGUGCUCAGCUUGGAUAGCAGGAGCUCUGAGACGCUCGUCUUCACCCAGGUAGCCCUGCUGAACUCCUUCCCUGCCGUCUUUGAUGAGCUAUUGCAGAUGUUCCCCGUGCAGGAAGUAGCAGAGUUUGUAAGAGGAACUCUGGGGAGCAUGCCCAGUACAGUGCAUAUUGGUCAGUCCAUGGAUGUGGUUAAACUGCAGUCCAUCGCUCGCACUGUGGAUAGCCGCCUGUUUUCUUUCUCAGAAUCUCGGCGCAUCCUCCUGCCUGUGGUUCUUCAUCACAUUCACCUCCAUCUGAGGCAGCAAAAGGAGCUGCUUAUCUGUUCUGGGAUUCUCAGUAGCAUUUUCUCUAUAGUCAAGGCUAACUCACUGGAAACAAAUGUUGUGGAGGAGGUUGAGAUGAUGGUGGAGAGCCUCCUGGAUGUGCUCUUACAAACUCUACUCACAAUCAUGAGUAGAUCCCAGUCUCAGGAGGCGGUAAGAGGGCAGCGCUGUCCACAGUGCACCGCAGAAAUCACUGGGGAGUAUGUGUCCUGUCUCCUGUCUCUACUUCAACAAAUGUCAGACACACAUUACCGCCAUUUACUGGAGAGUUUCCAGAGCAAGGAUGAACUAAAGGAGUUUCUGAUGAAGCUCUUUUGUGUGUUUCGCAAUCUGAUGAAGAUGAAUGUUUAUCCUCGGGACUGGAUGGUGAUGAGGAUGCUCACUAGCAAUGUUAUAGUCACGACCGUCCAGUACCUAUCACCUUACGUACACAAGAAUUUCACCGAAGCAGACUUUGAUUUUAAGGUGUGGAGCUCCUAUUUUAGCCUGGCAGUUCUUUUCAUAAACCAGCCAAGUCUCCAGCUAGAAACUCUCACGCCUGCCAAGAGCCGAAAUAUUCUGGAGAAAUAUGGUGACAUGCGAGUGAUGAUGGCUUACGAGCUGUUCAACAUGUGGCAGAACUUGGGGGAGCAUAAAAUUAACUUCAUCCCAGGAAUGAUUGGCCCUUUUCUUGGUGUUACCCUGGUGCAGCAGUCAGAGAUUCGCAAUGUCAUGAUCCCUAUUUUUCACGACAUGAUGAACUGGGAGCAGAGGAAAAAUGGAAACUUCAAACAGGUGGAAGCCGAGUUGAUCGAUAAACUGGACAGCCUGGUGUCGGAAGGCAAAGGAGAUGAGAACUACAGGGAGCUCUUUGGCCUUCUAACCCAGCUCUUUGGGCCCUAUCCCAGCUUACUGGAAAAGAUUGAACAAGAAACAUGGAGAGAGACAGGUAUCUCCCUGGUCAUGUCGGUCACUCGUCUCAUGGAACGUCUUCUAGACUACAGAGAAUGCAUGAAAGGAGAUGAAGCUGAAAACAAGAAGAUUGGCUGCACUGUUAAUCUGAUGAACUUUUAUAAAUCUGAAAUUAACAAGGAGGAGAUGUACAUCCGGUAUAUCCACAAGCUGUGUGACAUGCACUUACAGGCUGAGAACUACACAGAGGCUGCAUUCACCUUGCUCUUGUACUGUGAACUGCUCCAGUGGGAGAACCGGCCACUACGGGAGUUCCUCCACUACCCAUCCCAGACCGAGUGGCAGAGGAAAGAGGCCCUCUGCCGCAAGAUUGUCCACUAUUUUAACAAAGGAAAGAGCUGGGAAUUUGGGGUACCACUGUGCAGAGAACUCGCCUUUCAGUACGAAAGUUUCUAUGACUAUCAGAGUCUUAGCUGGAUUCGGAAAAUGGAAGCCACCUACUAUGACAACAUUGUGGAACAGCAACGCCUGGAACCUGAGUUUUUCAGAAUUGGUUUCUACGGAAGGAAAUUCCCUUUCUUCCUCCGGAAUAAGGAGUACGUCUGCCGAGGACAUGACUACGAAAGACUGGAAGCCUUCCAGCAGAGGAUGCUGAGUGAGUUCCCUCAGGCGAUUGCCAUGAUGCACCCUAACCACCCAGAUGACACCAUCUUGCAGUGUGAUGCUCAGUAUUUGCAGAUCUAUGCAGUUACACCCAUCCCAGAGUACGUGGACGUCCUUCAGAUGGACCGUGUUCCUGACCGCAUCAAGAGUUUUUAUCGGGUCAACAAUGUUAAGAAGUUCCGCUAUGACAGGCCUUUCCACAAGGGUCCCAAGGAUAAGGAUAAUGAGUUCAAGAGCCUGUGGAUUGAACGCACCACUCUAAUCCUGACUCACAGUCUACCUGGAAUCUCUCGGUGGUUUGAAGUUGAGAGAAGAGAACUGGUUGAGGUGAGCCCUUUGGAAAAUGCCAUACAAGUUGUUGAGAAUAAAAAUCAGGAGCUGAGGACCCUGAUAAGCCAGUAUCAACACAAGCAAAUGCACGGCAAUAUCAACUUGCUCAGUAUGUGCCUGAACGGAGUCAUUGAUGCAGCUGUCAAUGGAGGCAUUGCACGAUACCAGGAGGCCUUUUUCGAUAGAGAUUAUAUUACCAAACACCCUGGAGAUGCUGAGAAAAUCACCCAGCUCAAGGAACUUAUGCAGGAACAGGUUCAUGUUCUUGGAGUAGGGCUGACAGUUCAUGAGAAAUUUGUGCACCCGGAAAUGCGCCCUCUUCAUAAGAAGCUGAUUGAUCAGUUUCAGAUGAUGCGUUGUAGUCUGUACUACGAGUUUCCUGGUUUGGAUAAACCGAAUCCACCUUGUCCGGGUACCAUCGUCUCUCGCAGCAACAUUCUGGUGUCCCAUGGUGCAGUGAGUUCAGAAGGCUCCAGGAUGGUCCACAGACACAGCCCAGUGAACUCGAUGGCUGUAGUCCGCCACUCAUCGUCCUCUCUUUCCUCUCAUGCAUCCAGCGAAGCAGGAAACAUGGUGGUCUUGGCUGAGGGCGCUGUAGGAGGGGAGAUUCCUGAUGACAUGUUCCACCCCAUGCAGGCUGGCUACCCAAAUGCCAGGUUCCAGGGUUCGGUCACCAGCGUCUCUGUUGUAUCCUCGAGCCAAGCCAGUCCUUCCUCUUCCAGCCUCAGCUCCACCCACUCUGCACCAUCGCAGAUGAUUAAUUCUGCCCCUCCCAGUGCACGAGGCUCUCCCUCUCUGCCAGAUAUGUACCGUCACAAUCGAGAGCAGAUGAUGCUGUUGCCCGCCCACCGGGACCGCCCGAACAGUGCCAUGUAUCCUGCUGCCAUCAUGGAGAAUGGACAGCCUCCGAAUUUCCAGCGCGCCUUGAUCCAACAAGUAAUUGGACCCUGCAAACCCUGCAGUGAUCCCAAUCUGUCUGUUGCCGAAAAAGCUGUGCCCACAGCCCCCAGCAGCUGGAGCCUUGACAGCGGGACGAGAGAUACGUUGCUUACCCGGUCCUCCCAGGUGGGGAGUAGCUUGGCCCCGCCAGUACCGCCAAGAAGUCUACCCUAUGGGCCCUAUUCCCUUCACUUUGAUGCCUUCCAUCAUCCCCUGGGGGAUGCCCCUCCCGCCCUUCCCGCCCGGACUCUUCGUAAGUCCCCCCUCCAUCCUAUUCCUGCUUCCCCCACCAGUCCCCAGUCUGGUUUGGAUGGUAGUAAUUCCACCUUAUCUGGUAGUGCCAGCAGCGGGGUGUCUUCUUUAAGUGAGAGUAACUUUGGGCACUCUUCCGAGGUUCCUCCUCGCACAGACACGAUGGACUCUGUCCCUAGCCAGGCCUGGAACACCGACGAAGAUUUAGAAGUGCCCUACCUCCCCGUCCGUUAUAGCCUUUCGGAGCCUGACGUCCUGGAAUCUGUCAAAUCCCAGCCAUGCCGAAGCCACUCUGCCCCAAGCGGUGUUAUCCCUCAGGACCCCAUGGACCCUCCAGCUUUGCCCCCAAAACCGUACCACUCCCGUCUCCCGAUGCUCGAGAUCGAGGAGGGGAUGAUGAUGGAAGAAGAUGACAAGCAGCAUCGGCCUCUGCAUCGCAAGGUCUCCCUGCCUCCGAGCAGCAUCAAAGAGGAGCAGGCAAGAGUGAGCUGGGAGCAUGGCAUCAGCGAGCAGUGAGCAGAAUUACUGUCUCCAGGGCCCACAAGCAGGUCACCCGGAAAGGAACAGUAAAGGCUCGGGGCUCGGAGGAAAGAACAACAAACCGAUUCUUUACGUUCUACUGCCGUUAACUAAUGUUUCGAGUGUAUGUACAGAGGUUGUUUCAGCAUGCGAUGUUGCUGCUUUCCUCUUUAUUUCGUAUUCUACUCUUCUGGUUUUGCUAUGGGUCGUACCUUUCUUUUUGUUUCUUGGCACAGUGGAUGCUUUCUUCCUUCUGCAGUUACCAGACCACACACGAAGCCGUGUGUAUGUAACCUUUAGCCGUAGACCCUUGCCGAAAUAAGAGUAUUGGAACCCCAGAAGAAGGGGGCGAGAAACAGGUUCUUCCGGGAAUCUAGGCCUCCUCGGUUUUGAAACACACACGAGUAUAGGUGAAGUUGUCGCAGGGACUUCUUUCUUUGCCGGAUAGACGCCGAAGCUCAUAGUUGCAUUCAGGGAUUCCGUUAACCACGCCAGGCUGAGCGGGGGUUGGCGGGUGGAGGAGAGACUUCCUAUUCUUAGGAGCAACUGGCUCUUCUGGAUGUCUGAAUGCACAUGACUUUCUUGACUCUCUCACCCCCACCCCCCUCUCACCCCCACUGCUCAGGUGUGCUGACUUGAUUGAGUUGGUAAUGGUUCCAAGAGUCCAUGGGGACUUCUGAGAGAGCACUAGUUUGUAAAACCAGCCCCCCUGCUGCUUCCUUUGGUGUUCUCCCAUUUGGGAGACAUUCCCCCCACUUUUAACCCUCUAAGCUAUACACUUCCUCCCCCGUAGAAGUCAGAGCCUCUCACCAUUUGGGCUACAGCUACAGAUAUCAGCUAGGACUGUGUAAACUCUAGGAGUGCAACCCAGUCCUAUUGGGCUUUCCCUAGACUCAGCUGCCUCCAGGUGUUUGACAUCUCCCCCAACACCCCCCCCCCAAAACAAAAAAAGCAGCAGUCCAGUUGGAGGCAAAGUGGGGAGGGGUAGUGAGGGCCAGCUUAAAGCUAGAACUACAUGUUGAGCUAAAGAAACAGAAAACUGAAGGUUUGCAGUGCCGCCUUCCUCUUAAAUUAGCAGGCAACUUUCUGAGAGCUGAGAGCCAUUCAUUCCUACUGAAAGACCUCCAGGCAACACCUGUCACUUUGGGGCUGCCAGGGUAGGAGAGAGUCGGUAUCUCUCAGCCUCUAGGAAAUCCUUUAUCCUUUGGCCUGUUCUCCUGAGUCAGGAAUUUUAACACUACCUCUGAGUAAAAAGACUAGUGGCAGAACAGUGCUUCUGGAAUCGGCUGGCGCUGAGGAAGAGCAGUCUUGAUGACGCUUAGACUUAGCUAAUAAGCUGGAGUGGAGUUGAUAUUUCCUUCUUUUGAAGCUCAUUCCCAGGAAAAAGAAAUAGAGCCCAUCUUUGACUCCCCCUGGGUGGGGAAAGUCCUUCCCUAAGGAAUUGAUUUCAUCAGAGCCUAAGUCACACAAUGUCCACUGCCUUCUGCCACUGAUCCAAGUGUAGUAUUUUAAUGCAGUGUAGCGUACAGUCAGUACGCAGGGGAGCUGACCAGCCUUGUUUAAGGAUGCAGCAUUUCUUUAUAUACAUACAGCAUUAUCUUUAUAUGACACUUUUAGCCAGUCAGGGCUCUGUCCUUUCUCCUGGCUUGUUGAUAUU